AUGGCUCCGUUCUCUGGAGAUGGAGUCUUGUGGCUUUGUCUAGGAAUAUCACUUUUCUUCGCCGUACGCGGCAUCGCUACAGACCUUAGGCAAGUGGUUGAUCUGACCGAGAUCAAGCAUGUUGAGCGGGAGGACAAGAUCAUAAGUGAUGGCACUGAGGAAGCGCUCAAGCUAGAUACCCUUCUAAAGCUCUCCGGGAGCACGAGCCAUGACCUUCGAGCCGCAGCCCUCCGUAUCAUUUCCGAACGCUCAACUAAGGGAGAAACACGCGAACUUUUAUUGGAGGAUUUAUCGAGCAAAAAUAAAGCACGCCAGGGUAAAGCGCUGACGGCGCUUCACUUCCUUGCCACCAACCGAGCUCUCUCUCGAACAUCAGUCUGCACUAAACUCCGAGAUCGUGCGACAUACACGGCCUUGAUCAAUUGCCUGUGCAAUUUUCUAGAGGAGCACACAGAAGUCACAUAUCCGACAACAUCGCCAGUACUCGCCAGGGCACGGCCACUCGGAGAGAAGAAAGCGCUUCAAAUCCUCAACAAUCUUCUUCCAGAAAAUGUCCCCGCAGCAUUAGAAGCGGGGAUUGUAAGCCGGUGGCUGACGAAUUAUCCUUUUCCGUGCGCAUUGGCCGAGCCAUCUCGACGACAGGAUGUGGUGAUUCUACUAAAGACUUGGUUGUUCGACGAUGCAGUCAUGAGCUCCAUAGUCAGUACAUUGGAUUCGCAUCCAGAUGGGAGAAAGCAAUUACGCAAGCAUGGGCUGAUGGGAAGCAUGAUUGAAGAAGAGAACGAUCAAGACGACGAGGAUGAGGAUGAGGAUGAGGAUGAGGACGAGGGUGACGACGAGGACGAGGACAGUGAUGUAUGGAUGGUGGAUGGCGAAGAUACAGCUGGUUCCUACAGAGGAUCGCCAUCACGGAGGCCUGCAGAAGGUAGCGCCGAAGAACAAGCUCUUCGUCGACGACGGAGAGAAGCCAUGGUACUAAGUGAAGGAGGACGACCACUUGGAAGAGAUGACAUCAUCCAGCGACCGCUCCAAGAGGAUUGA